AUGACCCUGGGAUUUGCAUAUAUAGCCACGGGGGAUGCGUCAAAGGCCAGAAAGAAAAACAGCUCUUUCGAAGCAAGAAGAGCAGCGUUUGAUCUUGCCAUGCUGGAUACCAAGCAAAAUGUUCCCGAAGUCCAGCCAUUGCGAAAGCGUAUUUCUCAUGAUUUACGAUAUCGCAUUUGGUUUGUCUAUCGCAGAAUAUUCUCCCUGGUCUGGCUUGCAAACAUCGCAGUUCUGAUUGCCUUCUUUGUGGCUCCAAUUGAUCGAACAUGGCUAACGACCAUUGCGUUGAUCAAUCUGACCAUCUCCAUCGUUAUAAGACAGGACUUUAUAAUUAAUCUGAUCUUCACUAUCUGCUGCGCUGUCCCCCUUUCCUGGCCAUUACCCAUUCGCCGUCGACUGGCUCAAGUAUAUCACCUAGGUGGUAUUCACUCCGGGUGUGCAACUGCGACAGUUUGUUGGUUUGCUGGGUCAUUUGCCUAUAGUAUCCGAAAUAGGGUACACGGCCAUUCCUUGCACAUCCCUUCAAUAGCAACCAUCAUCCUCUCCGGGAUCGCACUAGCGAUGCUCAUUGGAAUGGUAAUCUCUGCCUAUCCCACACUACGCAGACUCUACCACGACUCAUUUGAAGCCGUCCAUCGAUUCUUCGGAUGGUCCGUACUCCUACUCGUAUGGGUGCAAGUGAUGCUCACCGUGAGAGACAACAAACCAGCCCAUCAGUCACUGGGACAGACCGUUGUUGGCUCUCCAGAGCUAUGGCUUCUCAUAAUAAUCACAACUAGCAUUGCCACUUCAUGGACAUUACUGAAAAAGGUACCCGUCGACUCGGAAAUCCUAUCAGAUCACGCAUUGCGAUUACAUUUCCAAUAUACCAAUGCCAAACGCGGAAGCUUCAUCCGACUUUCCGAGCGCCCACUCCUCGAAUGGCAUUCAUUUGCAACAAUACCCAUAGUCGCCAGCGAAGAUAAGAAGAGAGGAUGCUCGGUGAUUGUCUCACGAGCUGGUGAUUGGACAAGUCGCCAGAUCAGCAAGCCUCCGACUAGAAUCUGGGUUCGCGGUAUUCCAACCAUGGGAGUGAUGCGAGUAGCAUCCCUGUUCCGAAGUGUUGUCUUGAUCGGAACGGGGUCUGGCAUUGGGCCACUACUUGGACAUAUCCCGCCCAGUCGAAUUAGAUUAAUAUGGUCGACGCCGAAUCCUCUGCAGACAUUUGGUCAGGGAAUCAUGGACUCGGUCUAUAAAGCUGAUCCCGAGGCUGUUGUUUGGAAUACACGGGAGAAUGGUCGUCCCGAUUUGGUUGAGAUCGCCUCUCGUGCAAUGCAGGAAAUUGAUGCUGAGGCUUUGGUUAUCAUUUCGAAUGAGACUGUCACACGGUUGGUUGUUGGGGCGAUGGAGAGAAAGGGUGUACCUGCUUUUGGGGCUAUUUGGGAUAGUUAG